UGUGUGAGGUUGCCAAGUACAGAUUCCGGUGAAAGCCUUCGUACAGUCCAUGGUGAGAGCGCUGUGAGUUUGAGAGAAAGACGGACAGACUGACUCGGACGCCGGACCUUACUGCCUGACACAUUUUUAGCAUUGUUUCUGACCGUAACAACAAGAAGAUGCCUCUUGGUGAUGACUGCCAUGCCUGGAAAAAGAAGACCACUGACGUAAGAGAUCAGUAUGACUUCAAAGAAGUCCUUGGAACGGGAGCUUUCUCCGAGGUGGUCCUGGCUGAGGAGAAGAGGACCCAGAGAUUGGUGGCCAUCAAGUGUAUCCCCAAGAAGGCAUUAGAGGGAAAAGAAAACAGCAUUGAGAAUGAGAUAGCAGUCCUGCACAAGAUAAAACACGCCAACAUUGUUUCUCUGGAAGAAAUAUUCGAAAGUAAAUCACACCUCUACCUUAUCAUGCAACUAGUGUCCGGUGGGGAACUCUUCGAUCGAAUCAUAGAGAAGGGCUUCUACACAGAGAAAGAUGCCAGUAAGCUCAUUCAGCAGAUUCUGGACGCCGUCAAAUACCUCCACGACAUGGGCAUCGUGCACCGAGACCUCAAGCCAGAGAACCUGCUCUACUACAGCAUGGAUGAAGACUCCAAGAUCAUGAUCAGCGACUUCGGUCUGUCCAAAAUUGAAGGCACUGGCAGUGUGAUGGCGACAGCGUGUGGGACACCUGGAUAUGUCGCCCCUGAAGUUUUGGCCCAGAAACCCUACAGCAAAGCUGUGGACUGUUGGUCUAUCGGCGUCAUAGCUUAUAUACUGUUGUGCGGUUACCCUCCUUUCUAUGAUGAGAAUGAUGCCAAACUAUUUGAACAGAUCCUGAAGGCUGAGUACGAGUUUGAUUCCCCCUACUGGGAUGAUAUCUCUGAUUCAGCUAAAGACUUCAUAGUCCACCUGAUGCAGAAAGACCCAACUGUACGUUACACCUGUGAGCAGGCCCUGCAGCACCCCUGGAUUGCUGGAGAUACUGCUCUGGAAAAGAACAUCCAUGAGUCAGUCAGCGCUCAGAUCAAAAAGAAUUUUGCUAAAAGCAAGUGGAAGCAAGCAUUCAAUGCAACAGCAGUGGUUCGUCACAUGAGGCGUCUCCAGCUGGGGACAGGUCAAGAUUCAGAAGAGUGCUGUGAAGGAGGGCAGAACCUUGACGGGGCAGCUGACCACCUGUCCAGCUGCACCUUCCACUGCCACCCGACCAGCAGGGUGUGAUCCGUGCACCCACUUCACUAACCUGUUUUAUCAAUCCCAGCAACUUUCCAAUUUUAACCCCUCGGCGGAACAGGAGGCACCAUCUCUCCCCCCUCCCCCACCCCCCACCCCUCAUCUGGUUAGGAAUACAGUUGUUCCAGCCUUUUGUCUGCAGGGGGAGCUAGACAGUCCAGCCUGAGAAGGAAGACAUAACUUGGGAUGAAAGGAGGAGAAAGAGGGAGCCUUGAUGAUGAUGAUGAUUUUGAUAAUGAUGAUGCACCUGGAGUGGAUCACUUUUACUGACUGGGCUGGUAGUUUGGGUUGAGUUGAAGUUUAGGGAAAGGCUACAAAGGAAGGAGGGGAAGAUAACCUCCUCCACCAGCAUGUCAGGGGGGAUUGUUUUUGCAGAAGCAGGUCAGAACUUGUUGGACUCUGUUUUUACUCAUGAUUGCUGUUUCAAACUAUAUCUUUGUUUGUUCAAUUGUCAUACAUAUUUCAUCUUUUUAACCUUCUACUUCUAGACUUUGGAGUAUAAACCCUGACACAUUAUCUGCAUGAGGAGAGAUUUUCCCCUAAUCAUGUUCUGUCUUUCAAACAUUACACCUUUGUGGAGCUGCAGUAUCGCAGAAUGAUGCAAACAAAGGAGUGAGUGUAGUGUACAAAGUUUUUUUUCAAGUGGAAAGACAAAGAGCAUUUUUUAUAAGAUGCAUAUUGAAAUGAUAUGAACAAAUGAUGAGUAAAAUCUUUUUAUUUGACAGAACUGUGUUCUUUCUAAAAGUCCGGCUUUUAGACAAUCAGUUACUCAAGAGUUUAUGCAAUGAGAAGUCCUUUAAUGUAGCCUUUUAUUGUGGAGAUCUAGUGUGUCCAUGCAGUUGUUAUAGGCUUUUUGAGGGGAAGAUUGUCUCCCUUCUCCUUUAAAAAAAAAAAUCCCAAAUCCAUUUAACCACUCGAGCACAGGGAUAUAUCUUUGUCUAAGGUGCCUUUGGGAUAAAUAUAUAUAUUGUGAUGGGGUUUUAUUUUUUCUGUCAAUUUUCAGAAAUAUUUUCAACAUAGUUUGCUUCAACUUCAUGUUAUGUAUGUUUUACAUUUUCAGCUGUAAGAUGCAGUUUUAUGCUCUGUGUCAAAGUUAAGUACUGUUAUCUCUGAAGGGAGUCCUGCGCACAUUAAGCACACUGCCCUUAAGGUCAAGUGUUUGCUGUUUUUAAUCUAUAAACCCAAAUGAAAACCUCAUAUUUGAUCAUGACAUGAGCGCAGCAAUGAUGAUACAUUUAAACUGCUUCUGUGGAGCUUUACCAGAAGCCUCAUGUUUUGUUUUAUUGAAUAAAAUUGUCAUCACCCUUGUUUACCUAUUUCAACCAAAUGACACCGUACAUUUUGUACCAAAAAAAAAAACAAGCAUUUGCAGACCUUGAUCUGUGUGCUCAGCCAUCUUUAAGGAGAGACAAAGUUAGUAAAAAAAAUAGUUUUUUAAAUGCAAAAAAGAGAUUAAGUUUAUGCAUCUGCCACCAUAUACUGUAAUCAUGCCGUCACUACAAUCCCUUUUUUUUUCUUUCAAAUGACGUGUUUCAUGCAUUGCCUGUUUAGAAGGAAAUGGAUUAAAGAAUGUGAAAAUGCAUCAGAUGGAAUCGCUCCACUCCACAUCCAUCAGUGCUUUUAAUGUCUGUUUGUAUGAAGAGUAUGCACUCUAUUGCCAUGUGUCAUUUAUCCAAAUCUUUAAAAAAAGAAAAAAAUAUGAAUCUACAAAUGCAUUCAGUCAUUUGAUUUCUUUUAUUGGAUUGUAUGAAGAAUCUAAAUCGUUCAGAGGAAAAACAGUGGGGAGUAUUUGAUGCAGAGGAGCUUAUUACUUUAAAUCCUCUGUCAGGAAGUCAGUACAUGAGAGUCCGCAGUAAACAUGAUGCUAAGAUCUUCAUCCAUCCUCUGAUCACUACUCCAUCCUGUCCGACAGUUUCUUUAAAAAGGCCCUCAGAAACACGAGUGCAGACAUCUGAUGCGACUUGAAGUUUGCGAUCCACACGACCAGCAUUGAAGAGUGUGUACACAAAUUGUGAUGAUGUCACAUUUCCACGAGAUUAAUGCUAGUUAAAGGGAGUUUACUCUUCAACGAGCUCAAAACUGUUCAAAAGUUAGUCGCACAGACGAGUAAGGGGCAAGCGAAGCUGUAAUAGCAUGACAGCAGGUUACAGAAAAAUCAAUGUGCUGCUUUGAAAUCUGCAUUUCUAUUGCAUUGGUAUUGUAGUGUAUUUGGGAAGUAUAGCAACUGGUGGUUUCAAACUGUAAAGCGUAUUUAAAAGUGAGUUCUUUUGGCUGUUUAGUGUGAAGUGUCUUUACCUGAUGAAGUUAUGUGACAGACAGAAAGGCACAGGAAAGCAGGGAAAUUAGGCCCUGGUUUUAUUAAUGUCGUCUGACUGACAAAAUAAUGAUUAAUCUAGUGUUUAUUAAUAAAUCCCUGUGCUAAUUUGAAACAUUGCCACAAACAUUGUCACACUGAUUAAGCUCAUGUACCUUGGCGUACUGAUGAUAAUUAAUCUUUAAAGUAUAAAUAUACAAAGUGUUAAACAUCAUCCAGCUCCCUCUUUCAGCAUGCUCAAUUCCAAAAGAGCCCAAAAAGAAAAAUGUGUUUGAGGCUAAAACAUUUAAGAUAGUUUAUAUAAUAGAGUGCAGUGAAUGGUUUUUUAAAAUUGAACGCUCGGAUUAGGCAAUAAAGCUGGAAAGAAUUCCAGUGCAAUGACACAGGUGAUGAAAAUAUAACGAAGUAGUAUCACAUUACCUCACCACUCAUCACCAGCAUGGUUAAAAGGGAGGUUAUACUGAGCUUGCCCUGACAGGUUGUUUGGAUGAAUUGCUUCAGCUUUUGUGUUUAAAAUGAUCAUAAUUACAACCCGUACAUUUCAUUCAUGGAAUUAACAGAACAUGAUCUAUAGCAGAAAACCACAUGAAGGUUUCUUUGAUCCCUCAUUAACCCCUUGUAGACACUUAACCGUUUGUGAUAAGAUGUGUUGUACAAAAUGACAAUGUACAAUAAAUAUUUUGCCUUUAAAAAAUGCUGUUACAGGCUACAACAGUACAUAAUGUAUACACAAAUGCAAUGCAUCAUGGGUUGUUGAAAAGUGACAAUACUAAAGAUGGUCUGACUUGUACUUGGAAAGGAUUUGUAAGUGAAACAUAGCCUACAUUAAAAUCCAUGUCUAUGCAUUA